AUGAUGGAAGUAUUGAUCUGCCAUCCAUUACCGAACGAGGGGCCAAUUCAUUUCAUCUCCUCAGAGAAAUCUAUAAUGUUCUGCAUCCGGAAAAUCUACCAAAGGUCGCCUAUGGCUUUUUAUCGUGGCCUCGGAGCGGUCAUGGUGGGAAUUAUGCCCAAGAUGGCUAUUCGAUUUACCAGUUUCGAAACCUACAAGGCUGCGCUCACAAAACGGGGCGAGAAUACUCCUUCGUUAGUGAGGUUGUUUGUGGCUGGUUUGGCGGCCGGAAUGACCGAGGCAGUGUUGGUCGUGACGCCUACCGAAGUUAUCAAAAUCCGUUUACAAACGGCAGGAAAAAACUAUGGAGGCUCGUUGCCGAUCGGAUACAGGACUGCACCCGAGGCAUAUGUGACUACUGUGAGAACUGAGGGUAUAUGGACACUCUGGAGGGGAGUUAGCCUGACUGCGGCGCGUCAAGGGACUAAUCAAGCAGGUACGUCCAAUUCGGCAAAAACUGAUUCGCAACCCCAGUACCAAUCUACAGGAUUACCACCGUGGCAAACAGCGUUAAGUGGAUUCUUAGCGGGCUCCCUGGGCCCUUUAGCGAAUGCUCCUUUGGAUACACUCAAAACACAAAUUCAGAAAAGUUCUCAAACGGGAAAGACAUCAAGCGCAUCGCAGGUUUCCCGCCUCUUCCAGCAGAUUGUACAGAACGAGGGAUAUAUGGCACUUUACAAGGGAACCCUUCCGCGGGUAUUGCGUGUAGGUGUUGGGCAGUCAGUGACUUUCAUGACGUAUGAACUUCUUCGGAAGGUGUGGUAAGGCC